AUGGAUUAUUGGAAAUUAAUUGUUCUAAUUAUAUCAGCCAUCUACGUGAAAGUGACCGUAGGACUACAGCGGUUCGCCGAGCAGCCAAAAUACACGGAGGUGAACCCGGGCCAGGAUGCGCUGCUGGUGUGCAAAGUAAUUGACAAGCGCGGUGUCUGCUCCUGGCAGAAGGACAACAAACCGGUCGGUAUCUACCCGAAGAAGUACGAGUGGGCCAGCCAGUACGGUAUUGGGCAAACCGCGCACGUCGGUGGUGACUGCUCGCUAUGGGUCCGAGCGGCUCAACUCGAGUUCGACGACGGACUUUGGGAGUGCCAGGUGACGGCCAGUGACUUCACGACGCAGGAUGCCCUCACCAGCCAGCCGGUGCGAUUAGUUGUGCGAGUUCCACCACAGCGGCCCAGAUUAGAGCACGAAGGAGUACAUGUACCGCCCGGUCACAACGUCACGGUCGAUUCCGGUGCGGUGGCCACGGUAAAGUGUGUCUCGCACUAUGGCAACCCGCCGGCCCAACUGAAGUGGUUCCUCGGCGAUCAGGAAAUAUCACCCAUUCACCCGCAAACCAACUCGACGGAACCGGACAACCCACGGACUUGGUCGGCCGCCUCGGUGGUCCAGUUGCCGGCCAGUAAGGAACGCCACGGUACCAUCGUGAAGUGUCUCGCCCUGCAUGAAUCCUACGCCGCGCGAUCGGUAGCAGUCGAGGCACGUCUGGACGUGAAAUAUGCACCCACGGUACGGCUGCUCGGUGCACCCCAGAUCGACCUGGAAGAGGGCAAGGACUCACUCAUCCUUCGGUGUGUGGCCGAUGCGAACCCCCCGGCUAGCAUCGUGUGGCGCCGAGCCGGCCGAUCCGAGAUCGCAAGCCUGCAGGAAUCGCUCCAGCUGCGCCCCGUAGGGCGACGUGACGCCGGUUUGUACACGUGCCAGGCGCAGAACUCCGUCGGCACCUCGGACACGAUGUCCGUUCAGCUGGACGUGAAAUAUGCACCAAAAAUACUGUCGGCGGGUCCGGAUCGAUUGACCACGGCACCGUUGUUCAGCCCGGCGGCGUUUGAGUGUGUGGCCGAAGGAAAUCCAGCUCCAACCUACAAAUGGGUGCAAAGAAUUUCCACCCAGGGUGGGAAACCCUUCCUGGACCGAGGCCGCGAAUCCCGGCUGGUGAUAGACAACGUCACGUACGACUACCAGGGCGAAUACGAGUGUCGUGCAACGAACUUCAUCAACGGCCAGGAACGCACCGCCACGUCCGAUCCGAUCGCGCUUCAGGUCGUCGGUGCACCGCAGGUCCUGCGCACCACCUCCGGACCGGGUGGAGUCGCUGGUCACUCGGUGUCGGUGCGAAAGGGCGACUCCGCAACGCUAUCCUUGAUCGUGUGUGCAGAUCCACGGCCACGCCAUGUCGCCUGGGAAUGGGGCUCACUCCGGCUCGAGGCAGGAUCCGGCAUAGGCCGCUACAGAGUGGAUGACGUCACGCAGGACAGCCGCGAGGAUUGCUAUUUAGCGACGCUGCACAUUGACGAUGCCGAUCUGCAGGACCAGCGCCCGUACUACCUGGUGGUGGAAAAUGAACGCGGUACCGACCGGCACGCCAUCAGUCUGCGUGUCGAAGGAAUGUUCUCAGCAGUGGAACCGCUGGAGCUGAGCUACCUGCUUGGGAUUGCGGGCGGAUGUCUGGCAGCCUUCCUCAUUCUCAUCUGUCUCUGCAUCUACGCGGUGCGGGCGCGAAAAUGCUGCUUCCGGAAUCGCAACAACUACAAGACGUCGGAGAAGGAUAGUGAGAAAGCAGACCUAAAGUCACGCUCGGACAGCACUAGCGUUCCUCCACUGGACUCGAUCUACACGACACCGACCGGGUUCCAUCAUCACCACCACCAUCACCCACACCAUGCCGCGCAUCAUCCGCACCAGAACGGAACGCCAGGUUCACCGGAAGCAAUGAAGUCGACAAACCUUGCGGACGCGCCACAAAACACCCAGCUGGGCCAAAUCGACCCACAGGAUGCUGACCUGGUGUUAAGCACGUUACGCCACCAGCGGGACCUUUUCAGCGGUCCACUCGGCAUACCGGACGUAACAACCCGGGUCGGUAGCGUGAUACACGCGUUCGAAACCAUGGCACGCCAGCGUCAAUCGCUCGCUGGCCGCGAAUCACAUCGAGCGGAAAAACCCUACGAUACGAUGGCCAGCACAAUUGGACCAGCGGCCAAAUAUCGUAGCCACCGUUCGAACGUUAAGCGUGUCGGUGAUGCGAACCGGCACAAGAUCAUUCUACCAUCUCCUAAAGUUUCCCCGUCAUCCUCGACGGAGAUGGGGCAGUUUUACCACACGCAGCAUUUUCCGCACCAUUUUCCGGACGGUGCGAAUCCUUCCCACAGCCUUCCAGUGCGACCGCAGCACCAUUUUCAUCUUCCACCGGCUUCCUUUUCCUAUACUGAUCCCCACGGUGUGGCCGCAGCUCGCAGACACACGCACGGCGCUGCCGUUCUUGGUGGUAGUGGUGGUACUGGUGUCCUUGCUGAGGGAAAUAUUCACAUUAAUAGCAGUAACUUUGAGUCUCACGUUCCGGGCGAUGAAUGUGGCCAUCACAACCAAACCUUACCGAGGGCAACGUUUCCGGUGUCGUUGACCAUACCCGCCACCAAUACCAUUGCGGCUGAAUCGGCCACUUCCGGCGACACCACCGGUGGGCCGACACCACAAUACCCGCAAAAUAACGAGCAUGAAUCGAGCAAUUUCGAUUCACUCAACCUAGACGAUGAUUACCGUAAAAGCUCUUUUGGCAAACAGUCAAAAUUACUCCAACAGCAGCAGCAACAGCAGCAGCAACAUCAGCAACAUCUUAUCCACCGACGAAGUGCGCCAUCAAACAUCAAUACGCUGCUGUUGGCUCGUACUCAACAAUCCGCCAGCACGCCAGCCAACCGCGGAUUGUGGAGUUUAUUCGCCAGCACCAACCAUCCGGUGGAUUCACCGAACCAACAACAUCCCAACUACAGCCGGAACAAUCCGAACGUGUUUUUUAACGCCUCAACAACGCCACCAUCAACGGGCACCACAGUUGCACCGGUGCAAAUGUCAACAACGACAGCGACGAUGCGCUAUUACAACCCCGAUAGCAACACUAACAACGCCAAUCGGCCACACGACGGACAAGCAUCCUUGGGCAAGGAUACCAACCCACCAGUAACCGGUAACGAGCCCGCUGAUGCCGGUAUCGCAAACGAAGGCGAUAACGAACCGACCGAUAAUCACGUUAGUGGUGAUAAAUUCCUACGCGGCAGCACCGUCAGCCAGUCCUUCAUCAAGAACGUGCGGAUUAUUGGGAAGAAAUCGUCCUCGUACGAUGUGAGCAGUGCCGCCGGUAGUGGUGCCCUUCGAAAGGACACCAAUCGUGGCCGGAUCACUGUUGAUGGUGGUACGUCGAGUUCUUCCAACGGUUUCCGGCAGCGUGGUUCGCUAAUGGUUGCUGCCGCAGCUAAACACUUCACUAAACGCAACCGAGCACCCCAACCGAUGGACAGAGCUGCCAGGGAUGCUGACGAAUUGACGCAACCUAAGCAAACGUCAUCUGAAGCCGGCUUGAAGCAGGAUCCUGCCGAAGGUGCAUCACCACCAACAGGACCACCGGUGAAAACUCGCACUUCCGGUGGCGCCAGUGGACGGUUAUUAUUUCAACCGCGCACAAUUGAUCGGGCUGAAAUCUGAUGUCACCGUUUAAGGACGACUAGAUCGACGAGAGAGAGAGAGAGAUUUCGGCUCGCCAAUUGUGCCAGCUCAGUGUCAUACAGGUGCGCGCGCCUACUGCGUUGAUGCGAACCUAGAGUAUUCAAUAUUUAAAUCUUAACGGUUUUUUGUUUUGGGUUUGCGAUGCGGCGCGUCGAUAGAGGAAUAAUUUUGUAACAUAAGACAAAUCGUUCGCUCAAAACCGAUCCCGUUUUGGGCGGGCGGGACAGAGCAUCUAGUAUAGACUAAUGAAAACUUAUUGAAGCAUAUACAUCACUUGAUAGUUUAUAGUCACGAUCGUUUAGGAUAGCUUGGCAGGGUUUUGGUCGAUCGUUCGCGCGAGCCCGCUAUAAUCAAAAGCGUUUGUUGCGGGUGAGAUUGAUUCUAGUACAUGGUAGAGCGUAAGGGUGCAAGCAAAGAACUGACAAGAAGAGAGGUUCAAAGGAUUGUUUCACAUUAGUUAAGUCGAAAUUGAAAUGAAAAAAAAAACCGGAACGUUGCAUUGUAAUCCGAGGGAGCGAUCGCGGCUGUUGUAGAAUACCUAUAUUUAUAUUGCAGAUCGAAUCCGAUUAAGCUCGAUCGAGAAAGGAUCCAUGCGCGGUUGGAGGAGUUGUAGAAAAAAAAACGAAGAGAGGAACCAUUUUACAUGAAUCGUUGAAACAUGUGCUAUAUAUCUUAGUAUAGAAGCGGUCAGCUUCUCACACUCUGAGCUCCACAUCUGAAGAGAAGUCGGACUAACAAAACUAAUUAUAAAGCGUACAUUAAUCAUUAAUAAACCAUGCAUGCUGAAUACAUUGUACACAUACACCGCGUAUCAAUCGUCUAAAUGGUACAUAAAGUAAUAGAAAAUCAAAAACAUACACACACACACCGACACAAAAAGAUAUUAAACAAAUCAUGCUACGCGAUACUGAGAACGUGUAAUCAAUUCGUUUACGAAUAUUGCGAUUUUUACUAACAAAUCCCUAAUAAAU